UGAAGAAAACCGUUCCUUCUGUGUAAAAAAAUUGAACGCCACUGCCAAUCACGAUUUUUUUUAUAUUGUUACAUGUUGAUCUUUUUAUAUUUCACACAAAAAUCUACUGCUUAGUGAACUGACAGAUUCCAGAGUCUAUAAAUCGAUCCACUCCAUACAAAUUUUGGAUCAGUUGCACUUCCAAAUUAUUAGAUGAUCAAACUGCAACAGCAAAUAGUUCAUGCGCUAAACAGUGUUGUUGGUACACUGCUCAUUAUCCCGUGCUCUGGACGGCCGGACGCUCUGUUUGUUUAUGUAGGGCUAAAGCAGUGAUGCAAUUAGUUCUCUCAUGCUCUGUGGCCUAGACAGACACACACUAGCUGAGUUCUACUCAAGUAUAAUUAAUACUUAUUCAACUAUUCUUUGUUUGUGAAGAGUACAUCAGUAAGGAAUGGGUAAAACUAGGAGUAAGUAGAAUUGUUUAUUAAUAAUAUAUUGUUUUAUUUUCUGUAUCGGCAUUAGACCGACGCCGCCGUUGAGGUGGCGACUGAUGGACCAAGGCAUUUUGUGUCUUGUGACCUUCUUUCUUUUUUGUGACUUUGCAGAACGCUCGCUAAUUCUAUUAUUGUUUUACUAUUAACAGCAAGAAAAUUUGCAAAAGCACAACGGGAACAGGAGGAACUGGAGAAACGGGAGGCUGAGCUGUCAGCGGAAUUCGAGCGCGAAAAAAAUGGAAAAGCUGAACGUUUGCGUAAGGCAAGGAAAGCCAAAAAAGCAAAAGCACAAAGCGAAGAAGUGAAACAUCAAAAGCUGGAAGAUGAAGUGGAACUAGCGGAAGAGGAGCGCAAGCAGAAGGAAGAAAAUGAACGUUUGCGUAAAGCCGCGGAGGAAGAGCGGAAACUGAAGGAGUCUGAGAACCGACGCAAGCAUGAGGACGAUCGCCGCCCAAGAGACACUGGACGACGUUCUUACGACGAUCGCGAUCGUAAGGAAACACUUGAGCGUCGGUAUAAUAAUCACCCCCGUGACCAUUACUAUCAGCGUUAUCGUGCUGAUUCUUGCUCGCCUUCACGUUCACGCACUCCCCGUGUCAGUAGCACACGUCAGCCGCAUUACCUCUCACGGCAGGAAGGUAACAGGAGUUUUGAGGUUCAGAUGUUACAAGCAAAGAUUCGUGAACUUGAAUACGACAAAGUUCAAGACCAAUUGAAUGAAUUGGAGUUCCAAAGAAUUCAGCGAGCCCUCCGACACAUUGGGACUCCAACAGUCAUGUCAACAAUGUCAACAGAACUGCCAGUAACUAUGCCAGCAACUAUGCCAGCAACUAUGCCAGCAGCCAUGCCAGUAACUAUGCCAGCAGCCAUGUCAACCAUUAUUCCAGCAGUGGUGCCAGCUAUGCCAUACACUGGAGAUGAUAUGGAUAUUGCAAAAUCGAAAGUCAAAUGUCGCCGUUUGCAUGAGAACAAUACAGAUUUAAAAAAGAAACUGUACCAGUCGAAUAGACGUAUUACGGAGCUGGAGAGUGAGAGAGAUUUGAGUUUCUAUCGCGUUACUCAGCUCCAGCAUACCCAAAUCAAUAUUAUUAGACAAUAAAUGAUUGUAAAAGUUUAAUAAAAAUGUAAGAAACAAAGUUAUAUACUUAAAUAAAUGACUGUAAACAAUA